CACACACACACACACACACACACACACACACUUCCUGGCUCCUGUUUUCCCAUUUGCAAACUGCUUUGCAUUUAAGCAUUUAACUCCAAAUCGGCUUUUAGCCUCAUUCCUCCUCCUCCUCUCCUCCAGCCCCCACCCGUCUGUCUCCCCCUCCCCAGAUACGUCUCAUACCUCGGCUUCACACAGGAUACACACACAGGGCAGGUGGGAGCAGUACCAGGGGCAGGACAACACAGGGGGGGGCAGGACAACACAGGGGGGGCCUGGAACAGGGGCUCUCACAGGUGAGGGAGGCACAGGCAGGGGUCACCGAGAGAGAGGAACCCGGAUAAGAGCACAGAGGGGAGGCAACAGGUGGGCACAGAGGUCCGGGAGGGCAGCAAAGAUUGCAGGGGUAAAAAGUAGCCAGGAGGAGGGAACAGCAAGGUGCAGGGGUAAGUAGUACCUAGGAGGAGGCAGCAGCAGCAGCAAGGUGCAGGGGUAAGUAGUACAGAGGAGGAAGCAGCAGCAAGGUGCAGGGGUAAGUAGUACAGAGGAGGAGUCAGCAGCAAGGUGCAGGGGUAAGUAUUACCUAGGAGGAGGCAGGAACACAGUGCAGGGGUAAGUAGUACUCAGAAGGGGGCAGCAGCAAAGUGCAGGGGUAAUAAGAAGUACACUGGAGAAGGCAGUUACAGCGCAGGGCACCCAGGAGGAGGCAGUAACACAGUGCAGGGGUAAGUAGUACCCAGAAGGGGGCAGUAGCACAGUGCAGGGGUAAUAAGAAAUACACAGGAGGAGGCAGCACAGUACAGGGGUAAUUAGUACCCAAGAGCACUUUGCAGGGGUAAUAGUAAGUACCCAGCAGGAGAAAGUACCCCAUCUCUGAGCUAACAGGAGGGGCAGUUGCACUGGUUGGGGACACAAUCUUCUAUUGGGGAGAGAGUAAUAACAGCGGAGAGAAGCAGGACCCUCCCUCCUCAGUACGGUCACGAUGGGGGAGCUCGAGGAGUUGCGACAAGAAGCAGAAGCUUUGAAGAAACAGAUUACGGAUGCCAGGAAACAGUGUAAUGACACAACCUUGGACCAGGUAACCAGUGCAAUGGAGGUGGUUGGGAGAAUACAAUUGCGCACAAGACGAACGCUGCGUGGUCACUUGGCUAAAAUCUAUGCAAUGCACUGGUCAACUGACUCAAGACUCCUGGUCAGCGCCUCCCAAGAUGGAAAACUGAUUGUGUGGGACACAUACACAACAAACAAGGUCCAUGCUAUCCCCUUACGCUCCUCCUGGGUGAUGACCUGCUCCUAUGCGCCAUCUGGCAACUUUGUUGCAUGUGGUGGAUUGGAUAACAUGUGCUCGAUAUACAACUUGAAGACGCGUGAGGGUAACGUCAGAGUAAGCCGGGAGCUUGCGGGCCACACAGGUUACCUGUCCUGCUGCAGAUUCUUGGAUGACAACCAGAUAGUGACCAGCUCAGGAGACACCACUUGUGCUCUGUGGGACAUUGAAACUGGGCAGCAAAAGACGGUGUUCGUGGGUCACACAGGAGAUUGUAUGAGCCUGGCCGUGUCCCCCGACUUCAACCUCUUCGUCUCUGGGGCGUGUGACGCAACCGCCAAGCUGUGGGAUGUCCGGGAAGGCGAAUGUAGACAGACAUUCACUGGGCACGAGUCAGACAUCAAUGCCAUAGUCUUCUUCCCCAGUGGGCAGGCGGUAUGUACGGGGUCUGAUGACGCCACUUGUCGUUUGUUUGACUUGCGCUCUGACCAAGAGAUCAGUGUCUACUCCCAGGACAGCAUAAUCUGUGGUAUCACAUCGGUGGCGUUCUCCCGCAGCGGACGCCUCCUCCUGGCAGGAUACGAUGAUUUCAACUGCAACAUAUGGGACUGUCUGAAGGGGGAAAGAGUUGGGGUCCUCUCCGGCCAUGACAAUCGCGUCAGCUGCCUGGGUGUCACCUCGGAUGGGAUGGCUGUGGCGACGGGAUCAUGGGACAGCUUCCUCAAGAUCUGGAACUGAGUUGCGAAGAGAAACGUAAUGCAGCGGAAACCCACGCACCCUGACCUCACCUUUUUCCAUCCCUCAUUUAUUGAUUUCCCCCCCUAGCUGUACCGUCAUUAGCCUCUUACCUGACCAGCGCAAAGACCCACACCAGACUCCUCACCAAGAAUCCACUGGGAAUUGCCGUCUGACACUUAGCUUUCACAGCGCAGCUACAAACCAUCGCCUCCUGCCCGGCAGCUGCACGAGCCUCUGAGAGUCAGUACCGGUUUGUAACGGAGCAGCUGGCCAGAAGUACUGGUGGUCCUCACCCUCUUGUUUACUCUCCACGAGACCCUCCACUACACCCGCCCCCCCCCUCCUCCAGCUGCAUAAUGCGCAGUCUUUAACACCUGUGUGCGUAUCUAUUUUAUUUAUUUUACUAAAGGAGUUUCCCCUUUUACUGUCACUUUUUCAAAUAAGUUUGUGUUUUAUAGAAAGAGGAAAAUAAAAUCUAUUUUAGGUCAUGGCA